CGGAGGUAGUAUACAUAGGAUAAUUUACUACUUUAUAAAGUUAACAAGUCUACUAGUGUAGACAUCUAACGAGGGCAAUACCACUGCUGCUGGCUGCUGCUGAAGAAUAAUGGAGAACGAUCGCCUAAUUUCUUCUCUUCGCUCCCAAAUUGAUGCUCUCCAUUGCCGCAUCAAGAUUUUAGAGGUUGAGAAUGCAGAAAUGGCGUCGAAACUUUCGCAUUGCCGUUGUUCUAAGGUUGAGGAUGCUAGUGAUUCUAGUGUGAGUAAUGCUUUAGCUUCUGUUGAAAUUGCUCAAAAUUUGCAUCAAAAGAGUGGCAAGAGCAGGAAAACAAAGUCACAAGAUAGGAAUGUGAGCAUCUUGCAUCAUCAUCCGAAGAGAUAUGUCGCCCUCAAAGUAUUGUAUUUUGGUCAACGGUUUUAUGGCUUUGCAUCAGAGGCACAAAUGGAACCUACUGUUGAGUCUGAACUUUUCAAAGCUUUUGAGAAGACAAGGCUAUUGAUUAACGAUAGGAAGGGUUCACAGUAUUCUAGAUGUGGCAGAACAGAUAAGGGAGUCUCAGCUGCUGGGCAAGUGAUUGCUCUAUACCUUCGGUCAAAUCUUAAGGCUGAGACAAGUUCUGACAGAGUUGUUUGUGAAGGGCAAUAUGAAGGUGAGAUUGAUUACGUGAGAAUACUGAAUAAAGUUCUUCCAAAAGACAUCCGGAUUACUGGUUGGUCUCCAGCUCCUGUAGAUUUUCAUGCGAGGUUUGGCUGUUUGAGCAGGGAAUACAAAUAUUUUUUCUGGAGUGAAAAUCUUAACAUAUCAGCAAUGCAGACAGCAGCUAAGAAGUAUUUGGGUGAACACGACUUCAGGAAUUUCUGUAAAAUGGAUGCGAUUAAUGUGCACAACUAUAAGCGAUGUAUCACGUCAUUUGAUAUCAUCCCAAGCAGUGAAAAGUUUAAAGACAAAGAAUUAUGGGCCAUCAUAAUUAGAGGCAGUGCAUUCCUAUGGCACCAAGUUCGAUGCAUGGUUGCUGUAUUAUUUAUGAUUGGAAGGGGCCUAGAAUCAGUAGAAAUUAUAGAUGUGUUACUUGAUAUUGAGAGAACGCCUAAGAAGCCUCAGUAUACUAUGGCCUCAGAAUUGCCUUUGGUUCUAAGCUCUUGUGAAUUUGAAGGUCUGCAGUUCUUUACUUCAGCAGAUGCAAGACAGGCAUUAUGUGCACACUUGGAAAGUGAAUGCCAAAAUUUCAUGCUGCAAUUUGCUAUUUUUAGUAAUGCUCUGGAUAGCUGUUCAUCCAUAGAAGAUGAUGAAGGAAGACAUUCCCUUACAAAAGCGGCCGGGAUGAAGAAAUGCUUGCACAUACCCUUGAUGACAAGGCCAACUGAGCCUUCAUAUGAGGAACGGCGUGCCAAGUUGAACUCAUGAGGCCUUAAAUAAGAAUUUUGUGGAUUGAUGAGCUGAAGCUGCUAUAUGAGCACUACAUGUUUCUCAGAACCUUUUUUUUUUUUUUUUUUUUUUUUUUUUUUUUUUUUUUUUUUUUUUUUUUUUUUUUUUUUUUUUUGGCAUCUUGUAUUAUGAGUUUAUGACCUAACUUGAGGAAUUAUAAACUUGAUCCUUUUCUUUUUUGGUGCUCUACCCGAUUCACCCUUUCGGCUAGUCCGGAUUCGGGGAUUAGUUUUGGGUGGUUAGGUUUUAGUCCCCUGCCAAUUGCUGUUGCGGGGGAUCGAACACGGGUCCUCUCUACCAAGUGUAGUCCCAAUUACCACUACACCAACAGUCAAUUGGUACCUGAUCCUUAUUUGUAGGUUAACAAUGCUUGUAUAAUUUCAUGUUUAGAGCUUAGUAUUUGUGAUAUAA